AGUCGAUGUUUGAGUGUACGAUAACCUUAUAUCUUAUGUUUGUAUAUAAUAAUUACACAACUUGUUUAAAAAAAAUAAUGCAACGCAAAUAAAUUGUAACAUUGCAAUAUAUAUUACAAAUCAUGUUUUCUUUAAAUCGGAUAUAUUUUACACCAAGAGCUUAUUUAAUGUGCAAUAUGCCGUACACCGAUUCAAUUUUUCUCAAAAGGUUCAAUCAUCGAUAUACUUCCAAGAGCACUUCAAGAGAGUUGUAUCAAACGCUUGGUGUUACAGAAGAUUGCGAAGAUGAAGCUUUAAGAUUAGCAUUUGUUUAUCUUGCAAAGCGCUUUCAUCCAGAUAGUGGAACACCGGAAGCUGAUGCUGUUAGAUUUUCUGAGAUUGAAAAUGCAUAUAGAGAAAUUCGAAAAAUUAGGAAUGCUCAAAAUGAUAAACAGGUAUUGCCAGAUGUGGAAGAAUUUGAUAUUAAGCAUACAGCACCUCAACAUCGUCAUUAUUUGACUUUUGAUGUGGGAAUUGGCACACCAAGCAAAAGACAAAGACUGCACACAAUACAAAGAGCUCAAAACGCAGUUGACAAUGUGAUGGAGCAUAGAUUGAAGAAACUACAGGCUGAGGAACGAAAUACAUUGAUUGGUAUGGAUAAACAGAGAGCCAAAGAUAUCAAAACUCGUUACGGUAUGGAUCGUUUAGUGGAAGACUUAAUUCAAGAAGCAAUGAACAAGGGUGAAUUCAGAGACUUACCUGGAAUGGGAAAGCCAUUGAAUACCACGAGUGCCAGAAAUCCUUAUGUUGAUUUUGUCACUCAUAAAUUAAAUCAGAUAUUGAUAGACAAUGGAUUUACUCCAGAAUGGAUACAACUAUCAAAAGAGAUCCGAGAAGAGACUGAGGAAUUGAAAAAGAAAUUAUCAGAAAAGCGUAAUGAUAUAGGAGAGCUUCCACUAACACCAAGAGAUGCAUCUUUGUGGAAAGAUAAUUUAGAGAAAUUAAAAAUUUCGACUAAACAGAUAAAUGACAAAAUCGAUAAAUAUAACCUACUAGUUCCUAUACUCCAAAAACAAAUGCUUCAUGUUCAAUUGGACAAGCUUGCUGAGGAAGCAUUAUCAAUAUCACCUCUUAAAAAUGUCAAGAAAUAUACACAAACCAACCACAAAAAUUCCAAUGAAAAUAUUUCUCAGGAUCUUCUUAAUUUCAUAAGUGAUUUGUUUAGUAAGAAAAUUACAUAAAAAAUGAACUUAAUGAGAUAUUAGCAGUUUUAAUAUAUUGCGUAAAUUUAUAUGUAAAA